AUGGCAGACCCAUUGACAAUGUUACACGAUGUGAUCAUCAAAGGCCAACUACCAGUGAUUGAAGGUGAUGAGUUUGUGUUUGGUCACACUCGCUUCAAUAAGAACACACCGACAGCCUUUAAGAACUUGACAUCAGGUGCACACUACACUCUACAGGCACUCUAUGUCUGUUACAUCAAUCGUGAUGCUCAGCGUUCUGUCUAUGUCGUCAAUGCCAGAGCUGAUAACACAGAGGCUUUGUCAAUGACUGACAGGAAGGAACUUAUAUCCUACUUGGAUGGUAAGAUUACCAACUCACAAUCUAUUGUGUUCUUGGGUGCACCGAUUGCUGCACUUCCUAUGAGCACCGCUAUCUCUCAACCGGCUGUCUCUGCUGGCGUUGCUGUGGACUCUGGCGAUCAUGGCGAUGAACAACACUCCACACAGAUACCAACGAUGCAGGACUCUAUGGAUGUGGACCGCGACUACACAUCAGAGUACGAUACUCCAUUCAAGUCGACCUACAUUGCCGAGAUUCAGAUGAAUGCCGAACUACAGGCACAAAAGGAUGCUGCUGCCAUGCGAUUGCUUAGUGUACCUAGUAUCCCAGAUGAGAAUUAUUCUAUCAAGGAGAGCGAGAAACAGUUCAUGGAGGAGAUUGUCAACAAGAGGAAGGCAAGAGACAUGGAGAAGAGUCAGUUCAUUCUAACUGAUGAACCAGUCACAAAGAGAAUACUACAGAGAGAGAAGGCUACUCAUGACCGAAGCUCAAUUCUGACUGGUCAAAGUUCAUAUAUCGACAUACUUGAUAAGUUUAAUCAGUUUAAGAAGGAGGAGAAGAAGCCACACCAACAACAACAACAACAGCAACAACCUCAUCAACAACAGAGGAUGAAUGGAGAGCAUGGAAGCAACAACAACAACAACAACAACAACAACAAUAAUAAUAAUAAUAAUAAUAUAUCAAGUAGCCAGGCAGCCAAGAACCAUCUCCAUGAGAUUUCAAAUCUCACAAGCAGAACACCAAUCAUCAUUGUUCCAUCCUCGCUGACAGCUGCCAUAUCAUUAUUCAACGCACAAGACUUCUUCCAAAACUCAUUAUACGUCCCAUCAAUGGAUAAGAAGAACCAACUGUCUGAGCAGAACAAGACCAAACCAACAUUUAUCAAGUUUGAUAGGAUUGGCACACCAACCAUAACAUAUGAAGUGUAUGACAAUGUCAAGCUACUCAAACCAGAGGACUGGAUGAGAGUCGCUGCUGUGUUUGUGCAGGGUGAAGCAUGGCAAUUCAAAGAUUGGAAAUGGACCAAUCCAGUUGAUAUCCUUUCUAAUGUGAAGGGAUUCUUCCUAAAGAUGGACGAUAUGACUCUGCCAGAUACUGUAAAGUCUUGGGAUGUUAAGGUCAUACAUUUGAGCAAACUCAAAAGACAUUUGGAUCAUACUGGUCAGCUGGAUUUCUGGAAGGCUUUCGAUGAAUUCAUUCUUACAAGGAAACCAUAUUUGAAUCAUUAA